UAGGGUUUAUAUUUUACUUUCUGUUAACAAUUAUUGAAUUUAUAAUGUUAAACACAACUCAUCAUCGUGAUUUAUGCUGUCUGCAGGAUGAAAGGUCUUACAUUAAAAACAGUACAUACAUAAAACCAUUCUGUCAACUUGCCUUCAGAGGUAAUACAUCAUCAAAGGACUAUCUGGUUGUGCUUAACUAGAGUUGAAAUCAUGGCAAACGGCUCAAGAAUAUAUUUCUUGCUCCUCACUUGUCUCCUGGUUACUUUGUCCCUUCAACUAUCUAAUGUUCAUGACCGUCAUUUACCGACGAGAUCACCAACGGGAUCAUCAAAGGAACAUCGAUGUGACCAAAGCUUCACACGAAAAACGGCUUCUUGUCGGAAUAGAGGCCUGAACAGUGUUCCUCAAAAUCUUUCUCAGGAUAUCGAGGUACUUGAUUUAGGACAUAAUGAUAUCACCAGGCUUUUGAAUGUCUCGUUUGAAUUAUACCCUCUUAUCAAUAACUUGGACAUUUCUUCUAACAAUAUAAGAAUAAUAGAAUCGGCCGCAUUUUACCCUCUGAAAGACUUAACAUCCCUCUAUCUUGACUACAACCCUGACCUUGUGCUUCCAGAAACAGGGGUUUUCAUGAUGUCUCAUCGGCUUUCUAUUCUUGAUUUACUGGGAUCUAAGCUGAAAUCGCUUCCAAAUGAUAUCUUUAAAUACAGCCAACAUCUAGGUCUGGUAGAAAUGUCGUUCAACCAGAUUUCCACUGUCAAUGUAACUUACUGCGGCAUGGCGAAUACGGUAGCAAUGACUGGUAAUGAAAUACACAACCUUACACUGAGUGAGUUCAUUUUUACGUGCCAGACGUCUUCCUUAGAUCUGAAGGGAAACCCAAUUCAAACAGUUGACCCCGAUGUAAUUUCAUCGCUGCACGUUCGCUCGUUGGAACUCGGUGAUUACCCUUUGAGUGACGACGUUGUGACAAACUGUAUCCUCGGAGUUUCAAAAUCAAGCAUCAAACAACUGAAGAUUUUAAGAGGUUCUCUUGGUGCUUUUCCUGUAGGUUUCUUCGAUCCACUGCUUGAUUAUCCCAUGUAUGUUCUUGACUUAGGAAAAAAUCACCUGACUGGCCUUCAUCCGAUGGUUUUCUCGAACUUGACACAACUAAUGGAAUUGAGAAUUUAUGAAAACGCUCUCUCUAUUCCAGAAAUUCGACCAGAUUUUUUCACGGGAAUGAAAGCGUUGACGGUACUAGUUUUACCGGAGAACCAAAUCAGGCAAAUAAAUCCUCACAAUCAGACUUGGUCGUUGAAACUAUCAGAGAUUUACCUGAUGGGAAAUCUCAUUUCAGAAAUAUCAGCCUACACAUUUCGUGGAUUGAAGAAUUUGACAACCUUAGAUAUGAGCUCAAACAAAUACCUUUCCGUCUUUGAACUGACGGACGAGUCUGGACUUGACAGCAUUCACACCGUCUCCUUGUCUGAAAGUCGCAUAUCUGUUCUAGCAUUAAAAACCCCUUCUCUCAAAUCACUUUCUAUGAACUAUAUUCGUUAUUACUUUCCCCCCUUGCGGCCUGGUGAAUCCUUUCAACAUUUACAAUCCCUUAAUAAGUUAAACAUGGCAGAUUCUGCGAUUAACCAGAUAAACAUAUGGGAUGCGACGACUAACACGUCCCUUUUCGACGGGUUAUUGAAUCUUAAUUACUUGAUUUUGAGUAAUAACCCAUCCCUGUCAAUAGUUGAUAUACCGCCUGGAGUAUUUCAGCGACUUUCUGCUUUAAAAGAGCUUAGCCUAGCAAACUGCUUCAUCAAAACACUACAUCCUCUCGUUUUUUCGGGAUUAGGAUCGCUUCAAAAGUUAGAUUUGCAUGGAAACAACAUCCAGCAUCUUAAUGGCGGUAUACUCUAUAUGUUGGAACAAGUAGAAAGUAUCGACUUAUAUGGAAAUCAGAUCUCUUACAUCGAGGAAGUAACGUUCUCUAACAACGGGAAGCUUCACAGUCUUUCAUUGGCCAACAACAGAUUGACACGUCUCAACCAAAGCACUUUUAAGCCGUUGUUUUCAUCAAUUUCAUCACUUGAUCUAUCAAAGAACCCAAUCAACUGCAACUGUGAUCUCAAGUGGCUGGUUGAUUUGGUCAAUAAACGCCUACACUUGAUAAACAAAGACAAAACCAUCUGUUCGUCAGCCUCUCUUGCCCAUCUUCGUGAGAAAAAUCUUCUCGAUUUUGAUGCAGACAAACUUUGUAGAACAAACAUUGGCAUCAUUUCAAUCAUUCCAUUAGCAGUGAUCUGUUUCAGUGUUGUUACCAUCUUGGUCUGUCGUAACAAGUGGCAGUUGAAGUACAAAAUAUUUCUCUUGAGACUGGCUGUUCUGGGAUACAAAGAAAAACAGGAUGCUCGAGAGCACGACGACUAUGACUAUGACAUGAACGUAAUCUUCUACGACGGCGACGAAGAAUGGAUUCAGGAUCAUCUACGACCUGCUCUCGAAGAACACCUUCCACAGUUUCAGAGGAACUUGUUUGGUGAUGAAGACCUUGUCCCAGGCAUGCAUUACUUAGAUUCCGUAGAUUACGUGGUGACCCAUAGUUACAAGACUGUAAUCGUGCUCAGUAGAGCUGCUGUUCGUGAUCACUGGUUCAUUCUCAAGUUCCGUACGGCCAUGGACCACGUGAGUGACACACAGACGGAAUUCGUUUUGGUGGUCUUUCUUGAAGACAUCCCAGAUGACGAACUACCCUUCUUGGUGAGGUUGUAUCUCAGUGAUGGCAGGCCUUAUAUCCACUGGACAGAAGAUGCGAGAGGACAAGGCUAUUUCUGGAAUGAACUAUCCAAAAACUUGACAGUUAAUUUAAGGAUGAAUGAUAUGAUCCCGAAUGAAUAGCGUCUGGUUAAAAAGUUGUUUUACAUGUU